AUGGCACCGUUAAGUCGCGCCACCACCUCAUCGAUGCUCUCAAACCUAUUAUUACUUGAGUCCAGAAUCCGGGGCUCAAAGUCGCGAAACUGUAUCUGCGGUACAAUCGGUCGCACCUUCUCGUUGUACUCGCGACUGUCCACGGGUUUGAUCCAUACCCUGAGCAUUUUGACCGGGUGUGUGUUGCACCCGAAUACGGGACCUUGCUCAUUCGUUUUGAACUCCUUGCAUAUCCGUUUGCCGAUUAUAGCCCCGCUUUGGCUUACGUUUAUGACUAGUAUAGCGUUGACAGUCUCGCAACAGACCACAUCCCAAAACUGCCGGUCCUUUAGCCACUUGUUUGCGAAGUCCACGAGCGAUGUCAUCAGUGACCAUGAUCCAAUUCUGUCCACUAGACCCACCUUAAGUACGGGUGCGAAGUCCACAAAUGUUAACCUACAGUCCCUUCGCGGGGUUUUUGGGUGUGAAAACUGUAAUAAGUUAUUUGACUUGUCAGCAGUUCUUAUGAUAACCAGGCCACAUCGGGAGCUACCGGUGCUGUCUUCGCCUCCUCGUCCAUACUAUUCGCCCGAUAGGCCGACACCUCGGAGUGGACCGCAAACUAAAGGACUUCAGGAGCGACCUCUUGGUGCUACCGGUGCCAUAGGGCGGGCCCACAAACUCGACCCGGGUAUCGAAAUACAGUCUCACCGCGGUCACGUCGAUUUUGUCGGCUAUUUCGUCCUCAUCCUUGGCGAGCACCGGUAUGGUUUCAGCGCACAGAUAGGUCCACCGGUGUUCGACUCCCGGUGCCCGCCACUCGUCCCGCUCCAUGAAAAAUUCCAGGUGCCGUUUGCACGUCGGGCCAUGGAGAUUGUGGUCAUACAUUAUACGUAUGUAAUGGGACUCGAAGUUGCGCACCGGCUGUUUGCGGUUGAACACCAGGUGCUGUGGCUGCUCGUGGACUGA